UGAUCUAAUUACGGGAGUUAUGCGAUUAAAUAGAGAAAACAAGAGAACAUAUAUUCGGAGAUUACAACUACAAAUCAGAGCCGCAAUUACGUGGAUUCUGGUUCAGAUGUUUAAACGUAGAGGAGAAGGUAGUAAUAAUGGCGAUGAAGAGAAUAUUGAAGAUCCGUUAUUGGUUGAAGCAGAAGCAGAAGAAGAGGAGGAUUUUGAUGAUGAUGAUGAAGGUUUUAGCAGAGCUGGAAACUGGAGUCGCAUUACGUUUCGAUGGCUAAAUCCAAUUUUCAAAAAGAGCCAGUUUCAAAAAAUCACCCUCUCAGAUAUUCCUUCACUUUCCAUCCCAGAAACAGCAGAAUCCUCUUCCUCAUUGCUCCAGAAAUCUCUCAACCAUUCGUCUCUGCAAAAAUCCUUAAUCUAUUCCGCCUGGAAACCUCUCGCCAUUAAUGGAGUUUUCGCUGGGGUAAAUACAAUUGCUUCUUACAUGGGCCCUUUUCUAAUCUCCUACUUCGUUAGUUUCUUAACCCAAAAGCGUAAUCAAGAAAGUUAUCGUAAUGGAUUGAUUCUUGCUUUCAUCUUCUUCCUCUCCAAGACAAUCGAGUCCUUGACUCAACGACAAUGGUACUUUGGUGCUCAAAGGAUCGGUAUCCAGGUCAAGGCUGCUCUAACCGUUUUUUUAUAUAAGAAAACUCUGUGCGGCGAAGGUAUUUCUGCUGAUAAUGGAAAAAUUACCAAUCUCAUAAACGUAGAUGUUGAUCGUGUAGGAGAUUUCUUCUAUAAUCUUCAUAAUAUCUGGUUGCUUCCUGUUCAAGUUAUGUUAGCUUUAUCAAUUCUCUGCUACAAUCUGGGUCCUGGUCCGUCUUUCGUUUCCCUCUUUGCCACAUUUUUUGUAAUGACUGCAAACAUCCCUUUGGCUAAACUGCAAUCUUGUCUUCAUUCAAAUAUUAUGGAUGCUAAGGAUUCUAGAAUCAAAGCCACUUCAGAGUGUUUGAAGAAUAUGAGAGUACUGAAGCUGCAUUCAUGGGAGCCAGCUUUCUUGGAGAAGCUUCUCCUUCUAAGAGGAAUUGAGAGAAGCUGGGUUAACAGAUAUCUUUUCACCUCUGCAGCAAUCCAGUUUUUGUUCUGGACUUCUCCCACUUUAGUAUCUGCAAUCACUUUUGGAACCUGUAUAUGGUUAAACACUCCAUUAACAUCUGGCAUGGUCCUCUCAGCUAUUGCAACUUUUGCUUCUCUAAGAGAGCCUAUCUAUAAUCUGCCAGAACUGGUUUCAACUAUUGCUCAAACUAGGGUCUCAAUCAAUCGCAUAGAAAAGUUUGUUGGGAAGGAAGAUAAGAGGGAGUACGAACCUUGUGUUCAUUCCUCAUCUGAAGCCAUUGCAGUGAAAAUUGAGCCAGGGGAACAUGCCUGGAGUAGCACAAAUGAUGAAGACGAAUUAGCGAGGCCUAAAUUGAAAAUCACUGGCAGAUUUUGA